AUGUCCACUCCGUUUAUUGACCAGUCCGUGAGUCGAAAGCCGAGUACGUCAAGCUUUGUUCAGUCGGUCGCCUUCAAACAUACGCGCUCCACAAGCUUGUCCUCCAACCCUGACACGCCCACGCGCGAUACCUCUUUCGACUCGGUAUUCCCGUUUGAUCGCACGCUAAACUCGAGUUUCCUCGAGGACGAUUCGCUAGCGCACCACAGCGUAUCGAAUGUGCCCUUCACAAAUCUCUCCAAGACCAACACGCACACGUCACCCAGCAAGCCCCUGAAGCCACAAAGCUCGUUCACCAAGUUGUUUUCGCGGGGAAACACCACUGAUUUUGCCGCCGGCAAGAAGAAACUCAAGGAAAAAUUGAGUAUCCAGACAGGAGCGUUGGGCGCGGCUGCAUCCGUCAGCAGCGACAGGCCGUCGUUCGGAUCCGUCAGAGGGUCUAGGGAGCUCGAGCGAAAGCUCACAAAGGCAUCCACUGACAGUUUACUCUCAUCCAACUCUUCCGCCUCUACGGUUCAGGACAACUCGACCCACCAGUCGGUCACAACGCGCAAACAUAACGCGGUAAAUAACUUCUUCCGCACGCGCCACUUGCACCAGCCGCACAUCAAAGAUUACAACAACAACUCCAUCAUCAUCUCGUCGUCCAACUCCAACUCCAACUCCAAGCUUCUCAACGACGACUUGUUCUCUGUGCGGCCGGGGGUCAAGUACAAUUCGUUCAACCCGUUAGCAUCUCCGUCUGGCGCUACCCAUGGGAACCUCAAGGACCUCAAUUUCAACAAUAUCCAGAAAACGCUCACGAUCUUAGAGCUGCUCAACCCGAACAGCGCCACGUUUGCGGCGAAUUUCAAGGCCCUCGAGGAGAAGGAGCAGUUGGCCGAUGAUAUCAUGAUGCUUCUCUACGCGGCACUCACGCCACUUUUUGAAAACAGCCUGAACUCCACCGCGAACCACCUCAUUUUGAGUAAGUAUCCCAUUGAGGAUCUAAACAAUUUGGUCACAAUCCACUUUUACAUCCGCUACAACACCGAACGCGUCACGGGAAUCAACUACGCCAGCGAAAUCACCGAGGUGUUUGGGAACGGCUUCCGGCUCCUUGCGGAUAAUUAUCACUAUAGGCCCGACACGAAACUCGGGUCGACGAAUGGGAACAUUACGCCGAUGAGCUCUACAUUCAACCUUGCCUAUAGCCCCGGAAGUGUCCCCUCCGACGUCUUGGGCUCCCUCGACACCGAGUUAGCCAACCUCUGGGAAUACUUCUACUCCGAAGUGUAUCAUACGCUCCAGGGCACUCUUCUCCCACUACAGCUCGAGUUUGAGGGUGCUGGGGCCGUGCUUCGGCCUGAGCUGAAGGCCCAGAGCUACUGGAAGGACUUGUGCAAGGUGCACAAGACUGAGACCUUGGCCGUGGAUCGGUUCAUCUUGAUCAUGUUCAGGGAUAAUGUAGUGAUGCCCAUGUACGAGAAGACCGCUGCCCUCCAGCUGAUGUAUCCGCCGACGGUUCCCGGCAACUCUGCCAGCGAGGAAAUCUCACAGAGCUUGCGCUUGUUGCAGUGCUUUGGGUUGCUCAGCGGAAUCCAGUCGGGUGAUUACAACCAGAAGGUGGUGGAGAAGUUGUUCCGUGCGGUCAAGAACCGGACCAAGGGGUUUUAG